AUGCUUCAAAUCAAGCAUGUGAAGGCAUCUAAGCUCACCAGUUUGAGUAUUCUCACUGGUUUCGUCGGUUUCCAAGCACGGAAUGUCUUUUCGUCGAAUCUCGUUCCAGGUUGUGUCAGCCGCUCACCUGGAGGCUCUUGUCUGGUUCCACUGGCUUCGAUUGCGAGGGACUCUGCCGGUCGAUCACCACGCCGGGGUGUUCGCGCAUGUGUGCAAAGUUCACGGGAUGCGUUCCAUUGCAAGCAGGACGUCUCCGUCUUCGCGAACUGUUUGCAACAGCUCCGGGCAGUCGUUAGACAGGAGGCUUCGUAUGGUGUGUGGGUGGAUGUCUUCAGUCCCUUUGGCCAGGAGGCUCGCGGGCUGAUUCAUCUGUCGGAGAUGGAUGAGGUGGCUAAGCCCAUUCAAGUGGGUGAGGAGGUCAAGGUUUACAUUUCACAUGUCGAUAUAGAAAGGGGACACGUGGCCCUGUCUCUGCGACCUAGCAGCAGCUCAUCUUCUUCUGGGUCAUUGCAGGAUCGUACGGGAUUUGAAGAUGUCUUUGCUUGCCAAUGGCUUGAAGCAGUCGUCUCAACAGAUACAAACGCUGUAACCUCUGAAGCUGUGUUUGUGGAUGUGAAACAUCCAGAUCUUGAAGUGGCCCAGCGGGGCAUCGUCCCGAUGAACAGGAUUGAUUUGCCACGUGGCACGAUGCAGUCUGUCUUUCUCCCUGGAGAUAAGGUACACGUACGGGUUGUUGGCAAGCGCGGAGAGCUGCUAGAGCUCUCCAUGAAGGGGGGCGCUGUGGACAUCAGAACCGACCUUGAGGCUCAACUUGCUCGCCUAGAAGGCAGUCGCUUGCAGAGCAAGCCUGCGGCCCAGGCGAAAGAAGGCGCUUGUCUGGCCGAUGGGCAAGAUGUGUCCGAUUUCGUGGAUGUGACACCUGAGCUUUGGAUGGAGGGCCAGGUGUUGCACGUCGCCAGCUACGGCAUCUACGUCGGUGUCAGGCCUCCAGGAGGUGGCCGUGAGCUGUGGGGACUCGUCCAUUUGUCUGAGCUCUCAGAGGACCUACUGGCUGCAUCGCAGGAAACCACACUUCGUGUCAGGGUGAAGUCUGUCGAUGUGGUGGCUGGAAGGCUUUUCCUGUCCACGAAGGCCAUCGAUUCCCAGGAGUUGCACGUGGGGUGGAUCUAUGGAAGCGUCGACGAGGUGCACAAGUACGGGCUGAUCGUGCAGAUUCCGAGUGGCCAUGGGUUGGUGUAUGUUACUGAGAUGGACCAAUAUCUCGAGGAGCCGGAAACAGCUUUCGCAGUUGGCCAAAAGGUGUCUGUGAGGAUACUCGGUGAGAUGGAAGAAGGCCUCCUGGCCCUUUCGAUGAAGGCUCCGACAGACGAGGGUGUGCCUCUUGAAGAGGCGAGUUGGCAUGUCCUUGAGGAGACGGCGGAUCGACCGGAUGCCACGGAUAUGCAAGAUCUUCAGAUUCGUGCUCUUCGAAAUCGGUUGAAGGAUUUCCUCGGAAUCUCCCCGGACACUCAACUACAUGCCGAGGUGCAGGGAGAUACUCCUUUCGGGACAAUGCUCAGUGUCAGCCAUCCAGAUGGCGGGAUCGGGCCUUGGUGCACGGUUGCUACGGCUCUAGCCAUGGAGGCUCAGCCAGCUGGUGAAAGCAGUCCAAGCUCGGAUGGCCGAGGGCGACUGGCGGUCCGGCGGCCAGCUCCGGUGACGGUGCCGCCUCGCAGACAGAGAGAGCAGGCCGCCACAGACCAAACCGCGAACCCAGUGGAACAGGUCAUCUCACCUCCGAGCACGGUCAGCGUUGACAGCCCCGACUCACCAGAUAGUAUGGGGCCCGACUCUCCUUCCAGAAUUGUGGUGCGGAACACCUUCAUUGACGUUCGCGAUGAAUUCGCAUCAGGUUCCGAUGAGCCUGGCUCUCCGCACCGCGGCAACAGCGCGCCUGCCUCCCCGACACAACGAGCCGAUCCUUGGGACAAUGUGGACCUGGGAGCAGGUCCGGAUGUGCCAUUUGAUGCAGGAUUCCUUGGAAAAGCUCCAGAUCCAGAGGACCUGGAACACUUUGUUCACUUCGGGACGGCGCAGGAUGGGCGUUGGCUCCGAGAUCUCGCUUCGCCGAAGAAGGUAUCGGCUCGACCUCGCAAGACGAAAGGGGCAGCCGCUGAGGCAGAGGGAACCUCGUCUAUGCGUCUCGGUGAUCUGCUGAAGCUGGGCAUUCCAGGCCAGCCGGUGGAUAGGGAUGACGGGGAGAACGAGCUGGAGAAGCAAAUGCUGCAACUGCGAGCGCAGCAGGACCAGUUGUUGCGCUCCCAACUUCAACCCGUCCUGGAGGGCCAAAUGCAAGCCGAUGUUCCAUGCCUGGGUGGCCUUGGAGUUCCUCCAGCCCCGGCAGUAAGUUCCAGUGCUGGAGUUUGGCCAGGAUCUGGCUACAGAGGUGGGCUGCCAGGUCAGCCACUUCUUCCCAACAUGGAGGUGCCUUUGGCAGGAUGUCCUCCGAUGCAUGGUGCCGCAGGUGCACAGCUGGGACGCGAUCUCGACAGUGGAUGCGGUGGCUUUCCUGGGCAGAUGCCAGGCUUCCUGCAGCAAGCAAACACCUUCGUCGGACAGGAUGCAGGAUCGCGAAUUCCUCCACACCAGGACGCCGGAUCACGUGUUCCUCCUCAGCAGGUGCUCUGGUCGCGAGGUCUUGACGCUCCGUAUCCUGGAGGUGUUGACUGGCGGGCUGGUCAGAAUCUUCCGUUGAAUCUAGCUUCUAACAACUUUGCGGGCGGCCUCAUGGCAGCGGGAGGCAUGCUGCUGGCACAGGGUAUCUCGUCACUUCAGCAGCAGCAGUUGCAGCUACAGCAGCAACAGGAGCAGCUAGAACGCCUGCGUCAGUCGAUCGAUCCGCAGAUGCAGAUGCAGGCCCAAGCCCAGGCCGCAGCUUCCUUCAUGCCCGGAGGGUGCGGCCAAGUCGACCCUCAGCGAGGCAACCGCCAAGCUUCCAUGAAAAAGGGAGGUGGAAGGACCGUGAAUGCUGGCCGAGGCAAACGGAUGAUGGAAGAUGAAGCGCUGAUGGCAGGCCGCAAGCAGAUGUUGGACCAGAACAUGGCAGGAUUCAUGAUGUCUAUGGACCCACAAGCUGUCGUGCCUGGUGCCAAGGAGAAGGCGAAAGUACCUCUAAGUGGAGGUGGUCCUAAGAGAACGGACUACAUCAAGAAGUUUGGUGGGCCCAAUGAGACUGUGGAGGGAACAGCAGCUGCUUCCACACAACCUAUCACGACAAUGAUGUUGAAGAACAUUCCGUGCCGAAAGAGUCAAGAGGAGGUCAUGCUGACCAUCGAUGAAGAAGGCUUUGGUGGAAGGUACGACUUUUUCUAUUUGCCCCGGGACGUCAAGUUUCGAGCAAACCUCGGGUAUGCCUUCAUCAACUUCAUCACCCCAGAGGUAAGGGACGUGGGUAAGCCCCGCUCCCUGGUGGUUGCGGGUCAGCCCCGCACCACACGUGACCGCGGGAAGUCCCGCGUCACAGGAACCAGCUGCGGAGGCAGGACCGCGGGCAAGCCAGAAGGCUUGCAGCCGCUGAGGAGCGGCAAGAGCCACCAAGAAGCCACAGGGCAGCCGCUGAUCCCUCGGCAGACAGAGGCUGGGUACGAGAAGAUCAAGUGGAAGAAGGGCGACGAAGGAAGGAAAGGAACCGCCUCGACCUUCGAUGGGUUCCGAGAGAGAGUGGAGACCCAGGAGGCCAUCAGGAAGAGGCUUCCUAAGGGCAGUGUGGGCGAGGCAUUGCUUAGGCAGCGGGCCAAACCAAAGGCCACGCCAGCCCCUCUCCUGACGGAGGACGAGGAGAGCAGUGAGAGCUUGGCGGGCCAGGUUCCGCUGGAGCAACAGCUCCACCAGCAGUUGCAGCAAACUAACCUGAUGCUGCAGCAAAUGAACAACAGGCUGGUGACUCAGGAGGCCCAGCUGUUGCAGCUGCAAGCGUCAGGAUUGGCGGCCCGGGGAAGGCAGAGCACCUUCGAUACCGACAUGCCGGGCCCAAGCCAACCACCGGCCCCAAGGGCCGGCCUGGUGGACACCAGGCAACUCGGUAAGCCUGAGGUCUUUAAAGGGUCCACAGAGGAAAGCUUCAGCGACUGGUCGUUCAUCUUUGACUCUUACCUCAGCUGCAUCGACUCAAGGUACAUUGACCUGCUGGAGCAAGCAAAGUUUUCCAAGAAGAGCUUCCCAAACAGGGCUCUUUCGGAUGUGGACCGGGACCUCUCUUGCCAACUCUACUAUAUCUUAGUGAUGCUCUUGUGCGGAAGGCCGCUUGACAUUACUUAUAACACGGGCCUCGGAGAAGGUCUUGAGUCCUACCGGCGCAUCUUCGAGGAGUUCCACCCGAGGGUUGCGUCACGCUAUGUGGGCACCCUCACAACGUUGCUUUCAAGCAAGUUUGGUGAUGAUGUUGAGGGGGACUUAGCGGCUUUCGAAAAGAGCGUUCGGAGGUAUGAACAGGAGAGCGGCAAAACACUGGAUGAGGAGAUGCUUUUGGGCAUUGUGGUGAAUGGGCUAAAGGACAGCAGCCUGCAAAGCCACAUCAUCCGGAACUCAAGCCGGCUCAAAUCCUUUACGGAUGUGAAGGCGGAACUUUUGGAGAUUUCGAGGACCAACCGCGUCCUGCAGAAUCUCCCGCAGCCUAUGGACCUUGGAGCUGCACCGUGGAAAAAGGGUGGCGGGAAGAACCGCACACCUCAUGCGGCUAGCCCCGCUGAGGGCGAGGAAGAACCAGAGCCCAUGUCUGCAUCGCCUCAGGAGCCGGACCUUUGCUUUGGUGUGGUGGCGGCAACGCCCAGCAUCGAGGCCAGUGAGACCGAGGUUCUUGUAGAUACGGGGGCAGGGUCUCACCUGUUUCGGAAAGGGUUUGACUCCGGUGCUUUGUUGGGUUCUCGUGUUUCGGGGCCUGGGAUGGUUACCGUCACGGGUGAGCCCCUGGCUAGCGACCAGAGGCUUAGGAGCCAGCUCGAAACCAGUGCUGGGACCUUUUCGGUAGAGUACGCCGAGUCUGAAAAGGUUAGGUUUUCGGUGCUUUCUGCUGGCCAAGCGGCCACGAAAGGCACCUGGACGGUGAUUGGCCCCGGUGUGCAAUGUAUGGUUCUAGAUAAGCAUGCGUGUAAGCUAAGGACAGCCCUAGGAGAGACCGAAAACACGAUGCAACUCAGAAAGAAGAGAGGGGUAUUUUGGCUCCCAGUGAACGUGGUGAAAGAAAGUGAAAGGGUUGAAGACCCAGACGUGCUAGCAGCUACGAGGGCUGCUAAGAAGACGGUGCCAGCAAAGGCGCUGGCAGGUGAAGGCGAGGAGCCUGGUGAAGCGGGUGACUCCGCUCAGCCGGGCCAAAGCUCAAGUGCGGGCGGCCCCGCCGAUGCGGGGCGAAGCCUGGUGCGGGUAACUCCGCCGGUGCAGGGAGUUCUACUGACGGCCCUGGCCACGCGGCGGCCGAAGACAAAGAAGAUCCCGGACACGGUUAGCAAAGCCGAGUUUGACGAGCAUAUGCUUACGCAUCUGCCCAUGCGAAGCUGGUGCGAUCACUGCAUGCACGGCAAGGUGCGUGAGGAUGCGCACUCAGCUCGGGAGCCCAGCGGUCGCGCGUCGGAGGUGGCGCGCAUCUCCCUGGACUACUGUUUUCUGGGACGGGCCUUGAAGGGCCCAGUGAACUCCGUGGAGGAGGUCAAGGUGCCUCAGGAUGAGAAGGAUGGUCUCCUUCCCAUUCUGGUGAUCGUGGACGAAAAGUCCGGUUGUGUUUUCUCUGGUGUGGUGGCUAAGGGCGUUAACCCGUAUGCCACUGGAUUGGUGACUGAAGCGCUCAAGUUCUGCGGGCGCCAAAAGGUCAUCAUGAUGAGCGAUGCUGAGCAUAGCUGCCGGGCACUUGCUGAAAGUGCCGCCAAGUCCUGGACUGGCAGCGUGCAGCACCAGACUGCACCGAAGGGUUCACAUGCAUCUAACGGCGCGGCCGAGCGAGCCAUUUUGGAGCUGGCGCGUCAGGUGCGAACUCUUGCGAGCGCGCUGGAGGAGCGCUACAAGAAGCCCCUGGAGACUGAGGGGGUUGUCUUCCCGUGGUUGGUGCGGCACGCAGGGUGGCUCAUCUCCCGUUUCUUGGUGAAGCAGGACGGGAGAACGCCUUACGAAAGGCUUCGAGGCCGGGACUUCCGUGGCGAAGUUGCUGAGUGCUGCGAGGUCGUGCACUACAAGCUUGACAAAGAGAAGACUGGCAAGCUGGACAAGCAAACGUCAGUUGGAGUUUGGCUAGGCAAGUCUCUUGCCUCCGACGAGCAUUUCCUGGGCACUGCUCAGGGGAUCCGUCGGUGCAGAAGCAUCCGGCGAAGCCCAGAGGAGAAGAGGUGGGAGCUGAAACACCUCGAAGGGAUGGUUGGGCUUCCCUGGCAGCCGCGCGGAGAACCAACCACCGUGCCUUCAGACAACAAGGCCCCAGCGACUCCAGGUCGCAGGCAGCCCUCGGUGUACAUCACCUUGGAGCGUCAGAGCAAGCACGGCAAGACACCCGGAUGUCCUGGCUGUGAGUGUGACGAUGACAACCCAAAGCGGCACAACGACGAGUGCCGUAAGAGGUUCGAGAAGUUGUACCCGAGACAACCGGUGCCAGGAACGCCUGGUACACCAGUCCCUGGGACGCCUGCGGGACCCAUGGAGACUGAAGGAGGUCAGGCCGAGAUGCCCCAGGGCACCGGCCAAGACUUGGAGCUAAGUCAGGCCAGAAGCGAGAGGUUGAGGAUGCGGGUGUCCCCGCUCCUUCAAGUGACAGCGGGAGCGAAGAAGCAGAAGACGCCAGAAGCAAGAGGUGAAAAGCGUCCUCUUGAGGACCAGGAGUUGAUGGGGGGACUGCCCACGCUCCACGAGAAAGGCGAGUGGGAGCCUUUGUUUGCUUACCCUCUGGACGGCAGAGUGGAGGAGCUUGGUGCCUACGACGAGCGAACAGGCCAGCCCCUUCCCGUUGACAAGGUCAAGACUGCAAGAGGGCGCGAGCUGGACAAGAUGGAGGAACACUCUGUCAAGAAGGACAUCUCUUGGGAGGAGGCGCGACGGCAGGGGCUAAAGAUAGUCCGAAGCCGGUGGGUGGAUGGUUGGAAACCAUUGCCCAAUGAUCCGAAUGGGGUGCGCAGCCGCUGCGUAGCCCAAGAGAUCAACGACCACGAGCGCGACGACGUUUUCAGUGGAACACCGCCGUUGCGGACGCACCGCAUGGUACUUUCAGCUGCAGCCACUGCAAAGACUGGCAGGACCAACCGGCGCAAGCUUAUCGCCCGGUAUGAUGUUUCUGUUGCCUUCUUUCAUGCAGUGGCCACGGGCAAAAUUGCGGUCGUCCCUCCGAAAGAUCUCGAUCAAUCGAAGCUCUGGUACUUGCUCAAAGCCAUGAAUGGCACACGUGAGGCUUCGCGACAGUGGUCAAAGCGCGUGUGUGAGGUCAUGACGGAGGCAGGUUUCUGGGAGGUUCCAGGAAUCCCUGGCCUCUUCUACCACGACGAGUGGUGCGUGACCUUGAGCUGCCACGGCGACGACUUUAUCGCUGAGGGCGAAAGCGACGAUCUGGAUCGACUGGAUGCGCUGAUGAUGCAAUCCUUUGAGAGCAAGAUAUUGCCACGGAUUGGCCCUGAGGAGUUCGGAGGCCAGACCACGCAUGGCGAUCAUCUGCACCGCAUCAUUCGAUGGAGCGAGCGCGGUCUUCCUAAGUACUCGCGGCAGAUCGUUGAGGAUCUCGGGCUUACGGACGCUAAGGGCGCAGACGCCCCAUGUUCUACGGAAUGUGGGAAAGGCCGCAGGGAUCUCGAAGAUCCUUUGGACACUGAGGCUGCAGCGAAGUUCCGGAGACUCGCUGGUACUGCGCUUUACCUGUCCCAGGAUCGCCCGACGAUCCAGUAUGCCUUGUCGGAGAUCACCUCUGGCAUGGCAAAGCCUACGGUUGAGCACGAGCUCAAGCUCAAGCACCUAGGCCGUUACCUCUUGAAGUACCCGAAGGAAGUUUGGCACUACGAGUACCAGGAGCAGCCUGAGGAAGCUGUGGUGCUUACGGACUCGGACUGGGGAGCGUGCAAGCGCACGCGCAAGUCUAUGUCCAGCUACGCCGAGAGAUUUGGGAAGCAUCUCAUCGAUGCUUCGUGUGCCAAGCAAUCGGUUAUAGCGCUUAGCUCUGGAGAAGCUGAGUUCUACGCGUUGGUUCGAGGAGCUGCCGCCGGACUGUUGACAGCGCAGAUCUUGGAAAGGAUUGGGUUUAAGGGUCUGAAGCUUACCCUGAGAACCGAUUCGAGCGCAGCGAAGGGAAUCGCGACACGCAAAGGCUCGGGCAAGGUGAAGCACUUGUCCAUGAAGGAGCUUUGGAUACAGGACUGUGUUCAGAGAAAGCAGCUUACGGUGCAGAAGGAACCUACGAAGAGUAACUGGGCCGACUUAGUCAAGGGCAUGCCUCUCACAAAGGGCUUGGUCAUGGCGUGCCUGUUCGCGUCCUUUGGCGUGGCUACGGGGCAGCCGAAGGAGCGCCAGCUCGAGACUGAAGACGUUUCCUUCUUCAUCUACAUGCUGAUCAUCCAUAUCUUGGCGAUCCAGACCAUUUGGCGAUGGAUCAAGCUUGCGUUUGUGUGGUGGACCACGCCACGUGUUUCAACGAAGCCGGCCCCUACAACUGGAGGCCGCGUGGACCGACGAGGUCUAGAGGCGAAUGCGGGUAGCCCCGUCUACGUCACCCGUAAGGGCAAGAAGUUUCAUAGGAGACACUGUAGACACUUGGGCCAAAACCCGUACCCGUUGCAGAGGGCAGAAGCUACGCAAAGAGGCUUCGGUCCUUGUACAGACUGCAACCCUUGA